AUGUCCUCUAUUGCUGCCAACCGCGUUGCUGUCCUCGUCAACCACCUCUCGGCCUCCGCCACCCACCCUGCCGGUCUCCUCGCCGGACAGGUCGCCAUCAUCACCGGUGCUGGCCAGGGUAUCGGUGGAGCCACCGCUCUUCUCUUCGGCAAGGAAGGCGCCUCUGUCGUCGUCAGCGACCUCGACGAUGUCAAGGGCAAGGCUAUUGCUCAGCAGAUCAUCCAGGCGGGCGGAAAGGCCAUUGCUGUCUCGGGAGACGUGACGGACCUCGCUUUCCCCGACCGCCUCAUCAACGAGACCAUCAAGGCCUUUGGCAAGAUCAACAUCAUUGUUAACAACGCCGGAUACACCUUUGACGGCAUGCUCCACAAGACCACCGACAAGCAGUUCCAGAUGAUGCUCGACGUCCACAACCUCGCCCCCUUCCGAAUCCUCCGCGCUGCUUCCGCCCACAUGCGUCUCAAGGACAACGAGCCCCGCUCCAUCGUCAAUAUCUCUUCUACCUCAGGUCUUCAUGGAAACCUCGGUCAGGCCAACUAUGCUACCGCCAAGGCCGGUGUUGUCGGCUUCACAAAGACCAUUGCCAAAGAGUGGGGCGCAUUCGGAGUCCGUUGCAACACCGUCGCCUUUGGAUAUGUCGACACCCGCCUGACCCGUGCUAAAGAGAACGGUGAGACCAUGACUGUUGGCGGUCAAAAGAUUGCUCUUGGAAUUCCCAUGGGCGCUAAGAAGGAGGCUCCCCCACCAGCAGUUGUCUUUGCCGAUACUCCUCUGAAGCGUGCCGGUCAGGUCGAAGAGGCUGCUGGUUCGGUCUUGUUGCUUUGCAGUCCUUUUGCUUCCUACAUUACUGGACACACCUUGGAAGUUACUGGCGGAAAGGGCAUCUAA